AUGUCAUCCAGCAGCAUGAAGUUCAAUGGCUACUUGAGGGUCCGCAUCGGCGAAGCCGUGGGACUGCAGCCCACCCGUUGGUCCCUGCGCCACUCUCUCUUCAAGAAGGGUCACCAACUACUGGACCCCUACCUGACGGUGAGCGUGGACCAGGUGCGCGUGGGCCAAACCAGCACCAAGCAGAAGACUAACAAACCCACCUACAACGAGGAAUUCUGCUCUAAUGUUACCGACGGUGGCCACCUAGAGCUAGCCGUCUUCCACGAGACACCCCUGGGUUACGACCACUUCGUGGCCAACUGCACUCUGCAAUUUCAGGAGUUACUGCGCACAGCCGGUACCUCGGACACCUUCGAAGGCUGGGUGGAUCUGGAGCCAGAGGGAAAAGUAUUUGUGGUAAUAACCCUAACAGGGAGUUUCACUGAAGCUACUCUUCAGAGAGACCGAAUCUUCAAGCAUUUUACCAGGAAGCGCCAGAGGGCUAUGCGAAGAAGAGUCCACCAGGUGAAUGGACACAAGUUCAUGGCCACAUACCUGAGGCAGCCCACUUACUGCUCACACUGCAGGGAGUUCAUCUGGGGAGUCUUUGGAAAACAGGGUUAUCAGUGCCAAGUGUGCACCUGCGUUGUCCAUAAGCGAUGCCAUCAUCUAAUUGUUACAGCCUGUACUUGCCAAAACAAUAUUAACAAAGUGGAUUCAAAGAUUGCGGAACAGAGGUUUGGAAUCAACAUUCCACACAAGUUCAACAUCCACAACUACAAAGUGCCAACAUUUUGUGAUCACUGUGGUUCCCUGCUCUGGGGGAUAAUGCGGCAAGGACUUCAGUGUAAAAUAUGUAAAAUGAAUGUGCAUAUCCGGUGCCAAGCGAAUGUGGCCCCUAACUGUGGGGUGAAUGCCGUGGAGCUUGCCAAGACGCUGGCAGGGAUGGGUCUCCAACCAGGAAAUAUCUCUCCAACCUCGAAACUGGUUUCUAGAUCGACCUUAAGACGACAAGGGAAAGACAGCACCAAAGAAGGAAAUGGGGUCGGGGUUCAUUCUUCCAACCACCUUGGUUUCGACAACUUUGAGUUCAUCCGAGUGUUGGGGAAGGGGAGUUUUGGGAAGGUGAUGCUUGCAAGGAUAAAAGAGACAGGAGACCUCUAUGCUGUGAAGGUGCUAAAAAAGGACGUGAUUCUUCAGGACGAUGAUGUGGAAUGCACGAUGACCGAGAAAAGGAUCCUGUCUUUGGCUCGCAACCACCCCUUCCUCACUCAGCUCUUCUGCUGCUUUCAAACCCCGGAUCGGCUAUUUUUUGUCAUGGAGUUUGUGAAUGGGGGUGAUCUGAUGUUCCACAUUCAGAAGUCUCGUCGCUUUGAUGAACCUCGAGCUCGUUUCUAUGCUGCAGAAAUCAUUUCAGCGCUCAUGUUCUUACAUGAGAAAGGAAUCAUCUAUAGAGAUCUGAAACUGGACAAUGUCCUGUUGGACCACGAAGGCCAUUGUAAACUGGCAGACUUCGGAAUGUGCAAAGAAGGGAUCUGUAACGGGGCCACCACAGCAACGUUCUGCGGUACACCCGACUAUAUUGCUCCAGAGUUCAUGACCAAAAACCCCACUAUGCGCUUGGGCAGCUUGACUCAGGGAGGUGAGCAUGCCAUCUUGAGACAUCCUUUCUUUAAGGAAAUUGAUUGGACCCAGCUGAACCAGCGUCAGAUAGAACCACCUUUCAGACCCAGAAUCAAAUCUCGAGAAGAUGUCAGCAAUUUCGACCCCGACUUCAUAAAGGAAGAGCCAAUUUUAACCCCAAUUGAUGAGGGGCAUCUUCCCAUGAUUAACCAGGAUGAAUUUAGAAACUUUUCCUUUGUCUCUCCAGAAUUGCAACCAUACUCUUAA